AUGCAGCACUACGGGGUGAAUGGCUACUCGCUGCAUGCCAUGAACUCGCUCAGCGCCAUGUACAACCUGCACCAGCAGGCGGCCCAGCAGGCCCAGCACGCCCCCGACUACCGGCCUUCGGUGCAUGCGCUCACACUGGCCGAGCGCCUGGCCGGCUGUACAUUUCAAGACAUCAUCUUGGAGGCCCGCUAUGGCUCCCAGCACCGCAAACAGCGUCGCAGCCGCACGGCGUUCACGGCUCAGCAGCUCGAGGCCCUGGAAAAGACCUUCCAGAAGACUCACUACCCGGACGUGGUGAUGCGUGAGAGGCUGGCCAUGUGCACCAACCUGCCUGAGGCCCGGGUGCAGGUGUGGUUCAAGAACCGCAGGGCCAAGUUCCGGAAGAAGCAGCGCAGCCUGCAGAAAGAGCAGCUCCAGAAGCAGAAGGAGGCUGAGGGAUCCCAUGGGGAAGGCAAGACUGAGGCCCCAACCCCAGACACCCAGCUGGAGACUGACCAGCCCCCCAACUUGCCCAGCAGUGACCCCCCUGCUGAGCUUCACCUGAGCCUGUCUGAGCAGUCGGCCAGUGAGUCGGCCCCUGAAGACCAGCUGGACCGGGAGGAAGACCCCCGGGCAGGGACUGAGGAUCCCAAGACCGAGAAGAGCCCUGGGGCUGAGAGCAAGGGGCUGGGCUGCAAGAGGGGCAGCCCCAAGGCAGAUUCCCCGGGCACCCUGGCCCUGACGCCUGCAGCCCCGGGGGCUGGCCUCCUGGGCCCCUCCCACUCCUACUCCUCCUCCCCGCUGAGCCUCUUCCGUCUGCAGGAGCAGUUCCGCCAGCACAUGGCUGCCACCAACAACCUGGUGCACUACUCCUCCUUUGAAGUGGGGGGCCCGGCCCCCGCUGCCGCUGCAGCCGCCGCCGCUGCUGCUGUGCCCUACCUGGGCGUUAACGUGGCCCCGCUGGGAUCACUGCACUGCCAGUCCUACUACCAGUCGCUGUCAGCGGCCGCCGCUGCCCACCAGGGCGUGUGGGGGUCCCCACUGCUGCCUGCGCCCCCUGCAGGCCUGGCACCUGCCUCGGCCGCCCUGAACAGUAAAACCACAAGCAUCGAGAACCUGCGGCUUCGGGCCAAGCAGCAUGCAGCAUCCCUGGGACUUGAUACGCUGCCUAACUGACUGCUGGCUCCCGCUGCAGCCAGGGCUCUCGGGUGCCCCCAGCCCAGCCCCAGGUUCAUCCCAACAUGGCUCUCAGGGAGCUACCUCAUGAGCCCAGGGAUCCUGGGGCCUUGGAGUCCUGCUUCCUGUCCCCCCACCUCCCCAGCUCCAGCCCUCAGUGAAGCCCACACCUGCACCCUCUGCAUGGCCCUGCUUGGAUCUCACGGAGGCCGAAUGGGGAGAAGGUGAGAGGCCAGUGCCCCCAGCUUUCCUCGGGGAGUGAGAGGUUCUCGCUGGCCAGACCCCUGCCUCAGUGUCGCCUCCUCCCAUCCCCUGCUUCCUCCCCUAGUAAGUUGCUGUGUGGAAUGUGAGAUAUAAAUAUAAAUAUAUAAAGCUAUAUUUUCAGGCACCUGCCUGCCCCAGGCCCCCUGCCCUGCUCCAUCGCUUCUCCACUGCCACCCCCCAGCUCUGCCUACAGCUUCUGCGUCUCACUCUGGCCUUCCCUCCUCUCUCUCUGUCUCCCCUUUCCUCCUCCUCCUCUCCCCAGCCUCUGUCUUCCCCUCUCUGGAUCUCCCCACCGUGUCUCUUCUUCCUGCCCCUGCUUUGUUUCUUGGGUGCUGGCUGUGUUGAUGUAGACUGUUCCCAAAUUAUGUUUCGUUUGGGGUUAUGGCUUUUCAGUUUUAGUCAUUUUGGCUUCUUCCUGUUCCUCUCCUUUCACUUCUUCCCAAUCUCCUGGCUCCUCCCCGCCCGCACCCUCUUGAGGCAGCUUCUCCUUCCAGUAGAGGUGAUACUACCAGUCCGUAGCCACUGCAGUGGCAGGCAGGAGGGGGCCCUAUUUCCCACCCCCGACCCUGGCCUGUAUCUAGAAAGGCAUGUUCUCUGUCUUUUCUAGCUUUGAGACGCCCCCUCCCCAUCCCCAGCCCAGAUUGAGACGGAGGAAAGUGGAGUCAGGAGUCAGGCUGAAGCAGACGGUAGAAGGACAGCAUCUCUGGCUAUAAAACCUCCAGGACUGGAGCCCGGGGCCAGCAUUCAUCCAGGGCUGACCACAGGGCUCUAGACCUCUCUCUGGUAAAACUUCCCUGGUUGGCAGGAGGCAGUAGGGCACAGGUGCUUUCAGAGAAGUGUCUUCGAGAAAUAAGGUCUUCUGUCCCCAAGCCUGAGGUUCCACAGUUAGUGUCCGUGGCAGGGUGUGGCCGAGCCAGGAGGGAGGGUCCUCCACCUCCUGAUCACACCAUUGGCAAUGCAGAGUCUCAGGGCUUCAGCUGGCAUCCUGCCUCAGAGCCCACUGUCGAAGUAAGGGCUUCCAGCGAAUCGCUGGCACAGAAAGGUGUAUUCCUAUUUGUGGCCAGCAGCCCAGCUCAGCAAACUCCCUUUCAAAGCGGUAUGACCUUGAGUCAGCCCAUAGCCCCUGUGCCCACUCCCUACCUGGAUUAGAGGGCCUGUAACAUCCUAUCCAGCUCUAACAUUCCACACAUCUGUGCUUUCAACCUUGCAGGGCAGAGGUUUUUAAUUAAUCUAACAACCACCACAAAAAGGCUCUCACAAAGCACAGUGUUUGAAUUAGAGAAUGAUUGUUGCAUGGCUGUGGAGCAAAGGGUAUUGCAGGCACAAGCCUCUCCCUGGGCACAGCCACAGUCUCUGGGUCUCAGUUUUCCCAGUAAGUGUAAUGGGUCCCUUUGAGUUGAGACAAUCUGGAUUUGAUCCUGCUUUUCUUGAGUGUUAGUCCAGCCUCUGUGGGCACCCAUCUCCAAGCCUUCAUGUAGGCUCAGGGCUCAGGGCAAGAGGAGAAUAAUGGCUUGCACAGAUUCUGGGUCAUGAUCCCCAGACCCAGCACUUUGUGGCUCACCACUAAGCUUCCACCCCCUGCUUAGAGAAGCUGCAUCUGAAAACCAGGGUAAAGAUACCUAAGGCUUGUCUCUCUCCCAGUGGGAGAAGAGGAGGGUCUACAGUUAGGACUGGUUUGCAGAGUAGUCGAUGCCCAUGAUCUGUGAUGAGUUCUGGGCCAGGGCAAAUGGAGAAGACUUUGAAUGGGGAAAAAGUGAGGGGGAUGGUAGCUUGGGCCAGGAAAGCUAUUUGAACAAAGCAAUGGAGUGAGGCUAUGUGGAUGAUGGGGAAAUGGUGGCUGGCUUCAUGAGAGGUGGGGCCAAGGUUCUUGAAUCCAGGUUAAAGUCCUCACUUCUAUGUGGCAGGGACAAAGGCAGGGAGGUGAGGGUUUCUGAACAGGGGGAUUAAUUGAACCAGGAUUGGGUAUCUGGGAUUUGGAAGGUGAAUCUAACAGCCACCGGAGAUCAGAGGAGAGACAGGCAGGGAGACAGGAAGGCAGAGAGAGCAACUCUAGUGGUUAGAAGAGGUUUCUGUUUUAUCCUCUGGGAUCAGAAAGUUCUGUUUCUGAAAUGAAAGAGAUCUCAUCUAGCCCAGGCCUGAGGACUGAAGCUUUUUGCCUGUCCCUGGAGGCAUAUGACUAUCACUGCACGUACUAAUCCAGUAGCUCUAGACAUGCCCACCUCCCCCAAGAAGCCUCCCCAGAUUUCCCAAGGAGCAAGUCCACCCUGGAGUCAUGUUCUGGCUCAGCCUAGCUUCCCUCAGAGCUUUUUCAAGGCUUCUUCAUUCAGUUCCGCCAGCCCAGAGAAGGCAAGGAAAGUGUAUGUGGUCCCCUUCCCUGGGCAGAUCUCAACCUAGUUUAGGGGACCAGCCUUGGUGAACGAAAGCAGUUAGAGAGCAAGAGGGGAGCUUAUGUGUAAGCAGCACCUGCACCUCUUAUGAGCUGGGGACUGUCCCACCUCACCAGAGACUGAGGCCGAAGCCUCUCCCGGAGCGGGCUGGUCACCUGCAGGCUGAGAGUCAGGCUCUGACUGUCCUUCCCAGGAAGGUCUCGUUCCUCUCCUCUCCAUCCCACUCAAGGCCUCUGUGUCCCGCCUCCUCACCUCCCCAGAGCAUGGUCCACAGGCCUGGGUCCCCCACCCCGACUCCGCAGCAGCGGGUUGUACAGACUGCUUUCCAAACCAGCUGUUUUGUGACCUUUUGUGCUUAGAGGUCGUGCCAGCCCGUGGCAAAACCACUGUGUACUGUAUUUAUUUAUUCUGUUAGUUGAGAAAACAAGACUCAAGUGCCCCCUCCCCUGCUCCACCCCCUGCGGAGUGCGGCAUGACACUCUGUCCCGUGUACCCCUCUGUCUGUCUGUCUGACUGCCUGUGACGUUGUGACCUGUUCUUUGUCCUACUUGGCUAAUAAACGAGAAUCUGG